CCAAAACUCAAAAAUCAUCCCUUAGCCUGGGAUUGGAACAUGAACACUCUCCCCAUCGUCUCCCUCACACCUUCGUCCUCCUUCAAAUUCUUCCAUUUCCCUUCUCCUCUCUUCUCUCAUUCCCAAACCUUCCGCUUCACCAAACCCCUAACCCUCCGUUCAAGACUACUCUCUCUCAAAUCCUUAAACUCUCUCUCACCCUCCCAGUCUCAGCUCUCCGAGGACUACGACGAAGACGAGGAAGAAGAAGAAGAAGAAGAGGACGAAGACGAUGACGACGACGAAGCUGCGGACGAGUACGACGAUAUCACUGACGAAACUCGUAACACCGACGACGACGACGAGCCGGAAUUCGCGGUGGAUUCAACGCCGGAGUCUUCUCGGCAGCGAGUGGAGUUUAGGUGGCAGAGAGUUGAGAAGCUUCGUAGCCUCGUUAGAGAUUUCGGAGUCGAGAUGAUUGAUAUCGAUGAGCUCGUUUCCAUCUACGACUUUCGAAUCGAUAAGUUUCAGAGAUUGGCAAUUGAGGCUUUUCUUCGAGGCUCUUCAGUGGUGGUGUCUGCUCCCACGAGUAGUGGCAAGACUUUGAUAGCUGAAGCAGCUGCUGUUGCUACUGUGGCUCGUGGUCGACGUUUGUUCUACACUACGCCUCUGAAGGCACUCUCUAAUCAAAAGUUCCGCGAGUUUAGGGAGACGUUUGGUGAUGAUAACGUUGGUUUACUCACUGGUGACUCUGCGAUCAACAAAGAUGCUCAGAUUGUUAUCAUGACUACUGAGAUUCUCCGUAACAUGUUGUAUCAAAGUGUUGGAAUGGCUUCUUCAGGGACUGGACUUUUUCAUGUUGAUGCGAUUGUUUUGGAUGAGGUUCAUUAUUUAAGUGACAUAUCUAGAGGAACUGUGUGGGAAGAGAUUGUUAUUUAUUGCCCUAAGGAGGUUCAACUUAUAUGCCUAUCAGCUACAGUUGCAAAUCCUGAUGAAUUAGCUGGUUGGAUUGGUGAGAUACAUGGUAAGACUGAGUUGGUCACUUCCACAAGACGCCCGGUUCCAUUGACUUGGUACUUCUCAACGAAGCAUUCUUUACUACCUCUGCUUGAUGAGAAGGGGACCCAUGUAAAUAGGAAGCUGUCUCUCAAUUAUUUGCAAAUGUCUGCCUCGGAAGCUAGAUAUCGUGAUGAUGACGACGGGCGUAGGGGAAGGAGGUCAAGAAAACGAGGAGGUGAGACGAGCUACAACAGCCUCGUGAACAUAUCUGAUUAUCCUCUUUCAAAGAAUGAGAUAAACAAGAUUCGCCGUUCUCAGGUGCCUCAAAUUAGCGACACAUUAUGGCAUCUUCAAGGGAAAGAUAUGUUACCAGCGAUAUGGUUCAUUUUCAACCGUAGAGGAUGUGAUGCAGCUGUACAGUACGUUGAAAAUUUUCAGCUUUUAGAUGAUUGCGAGAAGGGUGAAGUUGAGCUGGCCCUGAGGAAGUUUCGUGUUCUUUAUCCAGAUGCAGUGAGAGAGAGUGCAGAGAAAGGACUGCUAAGGGGAAUCGCUGCACAUCAUGCCGGAUGUCUACCUCUUUGGAAAUCUUUCAUUGAAGAACUGUUUCAGCGAGGACUUGUUAAGGUUGUCUUUGCCACUGAGACACUUGCUGCUGGAAUAAACAUGCCGGCUAGAACAGCUGUUAUUUCAUCUCUGACAAAAAAGGCUGGUAAUGAAAGAAUACAGCUGGGUCCUAACGAAUUGUUCCAGAUGGCUGGGCGUGCUGGACGCAGAGGCAUUGAUGACAAGGGUUACACUGUUCUGGUUCAGACUGCUUUUGAAGGCGCUGAAGAGUGCUGCAAACUUGUCUUUGCUGGAGUAAAACCCCUAGUGUCGCAGUUUACUGCUUCAUAUGGAAUGGUGUUAAAUCUCGUAGCUGGAUCAAAAGUUACUCGUAAAUCAAAUGGGACUGAGGAAGGGAAAGUCUUACAAGCUGGGAGAAGUCUGGAAGAAGCCAAAAAGUUAGUUGAGAAGAGUUUUGGAAACUAUGUGAGCAGCAAUGUGAUGGUUGCUGCGAAGGAAGAACUUGCCGAAAUCGACAAGAAGAUCGAGAUUCUGACAUCAGAAAUAAGCGACGAAGCUAUAGAUAAGAAGAGUAGGAAACUUCUGUCAGCGAAGGAAUACAAGGAGAUCACUGCACUUCAGGGAGAGCUGCGGGAAGAGAAACGCAAGCGUACUGAACUACGAAGAAGGAUGGAGCUCGAAAGGUUCUCAGCACUAAAACCGCUUCUAAAAGGGAUGGAAGAUGGAAACUUACCGUUUAUAUGUUUGGAGUUCAAAGAUUCUGAAGGGAUGCAGCAGUCAGUCCCUGCCGUUUACCUGGGACAUAUUGAUUCAUUUAACGGUUCAAAACUUCAGAAGAUGAUGUCUUUGGAUGAGUCUUUUGCGUUGAACGUAAUCGAUGAUGAGCUGGCGGCUGAUGAGCCUGAGAAGCCUAUUGUUAAACCAUCUUACUAUGUGGCCCUUGGCUCUGAUAACUCAUGGUAUCUCUUUACUGAGAAAUGGAUAAGGACUGUUUACAGGACUGGUUUCCCUAACACUGCCUUAGCGAUAGGAGAUGCUUUACCUCGAGAAAUCAUGAAGGCUCUUCUUGACAAAGCAGAUAUGCAGUGGGAUAAACUAGCUGAAUCCGAACUUGGAAGUAUGUGGAGAAUGGAAGGAUCUCUGGAGACAUGGUCCUGGAGUUUAAACGUACCUGUCCUAAGCAGCCUUUCCGAAGAAGACGAGGUGUUACACAUGUCCCAAGAGUAUGACAACGCUGCGGAACAAUACAAGGAACAAAGAAGCAAAGUGUCACGUCUGAAGAAGAGGAUAUCACGAUCAGCAGGGUUCAGAGAAUAUAAGAAAAUUCUAGAGAACGCUAAGCUGACGGUUGAGAAGAUGAAACGGCUCAAGGCGAGAUCAAGACGCCUAAUAAACCGUUUAGAGCAGAUAGAACCGUCUGGUUGGAAAGAUUUCAUGCGUAUAAGCAAUGUGAUCCACGAAAGCAGAGCAUUGGACAUUAACACACACUUGAUAUUUCCUCUGGGUGAAACAGCUGCUGCGAUCCGAGGAGAGAACGAGCUCUGGCUUGCAAUGGUUCUCCGGAACAAAGUCCUUGUCGAUCUCAAGCCUCCUCAACUAGCUGGUGUAUGUGCAAGUUUAGUCUCCGAAGGCAUUAAAGUUCGACCAUGGAGAGACAAUAACUAUAUAUACGAGCCAUCUGAUACAGUCGUUGACGUGGUUAAUUUCUUAGAAGAACAACGAAGCUCUCUUAUAAAGCUUCAAGAGAAGCAUGAGGUUGAGAUUUCUUGUUGUCUGGACGUUCAGUUUUCUGGUAUGGUUGAAGCUUGGGCUUCUGGAUUAAGUUGGAAAGAAAUGAUGAUGGAAUGUGCAAUGGACGAAGGUGAUCUUGCUCGUCUGUUACGACGCACCAUUGAUCUCUUGGCUCAGAUUCCUAAGUUGCCUGAUAUUGACCCAACGCUGCAACGUAGUGCAGCAGCUGCAGCAGAUAUCAUGGACCGUCCACCAAUCAGCGAACUUGCCGGUUGA